AUGUAUCAAUACCUACGAAUGACGACUAAGCAUUGGGGCGAUGGAACAACCCUGCCUCCUCUCACCCUUAGACGGGAUCCAUUUACGUACCAUACGACCUGUUUUUUCUUUUACAUUUUUUUCUUUUUUUUUUGUUUCUUUUUUUCUUUCUUUCUUUUCUUUCUACAUCGAUUUUUCUUUUUUUUUCUAUCUUUCUUGUUUCUUUUUUUUUUUCCUUUUUCUAUCAAUUUUCUCUUCUUUCUUUCUGCAUCGAUUGUUUUUUUCUUUUUUUCUUUCUUUCUUUUCUUUUUUCUUUUUUUUUUCUUUCUUUCUUUUUUUUUUUUUCUUUCCUCUUUGUCAAUUUUUCUUUUCUUUCUUUUUUUUUUUUUUCGAUUGUUUUUUUUUUUUUUUUCUUUUUUUUCCUUCUUUUUUCUUUUACUUUUCCUUUUCUUUUUCUUUCUAGAUCGAUUGUUUUUUUUUUUUUUUUUUUCUUUCUUUCCUCUUUGCUUCGUUACUUUCUUUCUUGCUUCUUUUUCUUUACUUUCUUUCUUUCUACGUCAAUUUUUUCUUUCCUUUCUUUCUACAUCGAUUGUUUUUUUUUUUCUUUCUUUUCCUUCCUUCUUUUUUCUUUACUUUCUUUCUUUCUUUCUAGAUCGAUUGUUUUUUUUUUUCUUUCUUUCCUCUUUGCUUCGUUACUUUCUUUCUUGCUUCUUUUUUCUUUACUUUCUUUCUUUUUUUUUUUCUUUUUCUUUCUACAUCGAUUGUUUUUUCUUUUUUUUUCUUUUCCUUUUCUUUUUUACUUUCUUUCAGAUCGAUUGUUUUUUUUUUUUUUUUUCCUUUUUUCCUUUCUUCUUUUUUUUCUUUACUUUCUUUCUUUCUUUCAAUUUUUUUUCUUCUUUCUUUCUACAUCGAUUUUUUUUUUUUUCUUUUCCUUCCUUCUUUUUUUCUUUACUUUCUUUCUUUCUUUCUUCGAUUGUUUUUUUUUUUUCUUUCCUUUUUUUUACUUUCUUUCUUGCUUCUUUUUUUUGCUUUCUUUCUUUCUUUCUCAUCAAUUAUUUUUUCCUUUCUUUCUUUUUUUUUUCUUUUUUUCUUUUUUUUUUUCUUCUUUUUCUUUUUCUUUCUUUCUUUCUUUCUAGAUCGAUUGUUUUUUUUUUUCUUUCUUUCCUCUUUGCUUCGUUACUUUCUUUCUUUUUUUUUCUUUUUUUCUUUCUACGUUUUUUCUUCCUUUCUUUCUUUCUUUCUUUCUUUCUACAUCUUUUUUUUUUUUUCUUUCUUUUUGCUUCGUUUUUUUCUUUCUUCUUCUUUUUUUUUCUUUCUUUCAUUCUACGAUUUUUUCUUUUCUUUUUUCUUUUUUUUUUUUCUUUCUUUUUCCUUCUUUUUUCUUUACUUUCUUUCUUUCUUUUUUCUAGAUCGAUUGUUUUUUUUUUCUUUCCUCUUUUUGCUUCGUUACUUUCUUUCUUGCUUCUUUUUUUUUACUUUCUUUCUUUUCUACAUCGAUUGUUUUUUUUUUUCUUUCUUUUCCUUCCUUCUUUUUUUUUUUUUCUUUCUUUCUUUCUUCGAUUUUUUUUUUCUUUCUUUUCCUCUUUGCUUCGUUUCUUUCUUUCUUGCUUCUUUUUUUCUUUACUUUCUUUCUUUCUACGUCAAUUUUUUUUUCUUUUUUCUUACUUUUGUUUUUUUUUUUUUUCUUUCUUUUUCUUUUUUUUUUUUUUUUCUUUACUUUCUUUCUUUCUAGAUCGAAUGUUUUUUUUUUCUUUCUUUCCUCUUUGCUUCGUUACUUUCUUUCUUGCUUCUUUUUUCUUUACUUUCUUUCUUUCUACGUCAAUUUUUUCUUCCUUUCUUUCUACAUCGAUUGUUUUUCUUUUUUUCUUUCUUUUUCCUUCCUUCUUUUUUCUUUACUUUCUUUCUUUCUUUCUAGAUCGAUUGUUUUUUUUUUUUCUUUCUUUCCUCUUUGCUUCGUUACUUUCUUUCUUGCUUCUUUUUUCUUUACUUUCUUUCUUUUUUUCUUCCUUCAAUUUUUUCUUUCUUUCUUUCUACAUCAAUUCUUUUUUCUUUUUUUUUUUUUAUUUCCUUCUUUUUUUUCUUUCUUUCUUUCUUUCUUUCUUUCUAGAUCUUUGUUUGUUUGUUUUUUGUUUGUUUCUUUCUUUCUUUCUUUCUAGGUCGUUACUUUCUUUCUUUCUCCGUCAAUUUUUUUCUUCCUUUCUUUUCUUUCUUUCUAGGUCUAUCAUCGAUUGUUUUUUUUUUUUCUUUCUUUUUUUUCCUUCUUUUUUUCUUUACUUUCUUUCUUUCUUUCUAGAUCAGAUGUUUUUUUUUUUCUUUUUUCCUUUUGCUUCUUUUUCUUUCUUUUCUUUUUUUUUCUUUCUUUCUUUCUACAUCGAUUGUUUUUUUCUUUCUUUCCUCUUUGCUUCGUUACUUUCUUUCUUGCUUCUUUUUUUUUUUACUUUCUUUCUUUCUACGUCAAUUUUUUCUUCCUUUCUUUCUACAUCGAUUGUUUUUCUUUUUUUCUUUCUUUUUCCUUCCUUCU